ACUUCUUGCAAAUCGAAAAGCAAAUCAGGAUCAUGGAAAGCCAAAAACCCAAAGCACAAGUUCUUCGAAACGUUGGAGGAGCUCCGAAGAAUUGGAAGCUUGGAACUGCCUGCUGUGAAGAAUCUCUAAUGACGACCCAAAACAGUUUAUGCGGGGAUGAAACAACCAGCAGCUCGAGCAGUACAAACGACUACUGCGAGGUUCGCAACGACGAGACGUGUGACCAAACGGAAGAUUCUUGCAAGGAAAACACUUCUUCUUCGUCGAGUUCAAGCUCGAGUUCUUCUGAUGAGGGAUGUGAUGAUCCAUGCCGAGGAAGGCGAAGGAAGAUGAUCAAGGAAAAGAUCACUGGGGCUUUCACUAGAAACCGACUAUAGAAGGGCCGCGUGGACAAUAAGUGCAAGGUUGAUAUCUGUGAAAAAGCCGUCCCUAAAUGUAACGUUAAUGUGAUCAACGCCAGAUUCUGUGGCUGCAGCGGAGCAACUAAGUACUCAAGAUUCAAAAACAACGAAAUUACGGACGCAACAAGUACUAGCAGCAAAAGUCGGGAUCGCAAUCUGUGCAGCUCUGCCUCUGGCAAAAGUACAUCCGGAACGACAUCAUCAAGCAGCGGCCAAACUCGAAGCUUGAAGUGCAUUUGUUCAACUGAAGAUGAAUCGGAUGGUUGCUCAGCCUCCAGGGAAGUUUCAGUGUGUGGCACGCGCCGUUGCUUUUCAAAGCCAACUUCGGAAGAGAAUGGAUCUUGUCCUACAAACUAUGGAAAGAAGUCCUAUUCAAGCUCAACGAGAAGCAAGAAAAGUUCUGGUAACUCAACCUCUGCUCCAUCAAUGAACAAAUGCAGUUGCUUAUCGGGAAGUAAUUCCGGAACAUCUUCUUCCAGCGGUAAAACGUGCACUUCUGAUUCGAAAACCAAGUCAAGCGAAUCGUCGAGCAACACGCGAUGCAAAUCUUCUGGAAGCAAAUCUGCAAAAUCGGAGAGCAAAUGCAGCUCCUCGAGAUCGCGGACAGGGGAUGAAAGUACCUCAACAGUUUGCACGGCCGCCGAUAACUUGGGAUCAAAAUCAAGUACGGGUGCCUCGUCUAAUUGUAAUUCGACAAGUACGACUGAAACCCUCUCCUCAAGAUCUCAAUCCACUACAGACUCCCGAGGCAAAUCAAAGAAACUGAAUUCAGCAUCCAGCAGCACAGGAAUCAGUAGUCGGUCAUAGAGGACCAUGAACCGAAGCUCUCAGUUGAGUGAUGACGAGUCCUCCGAAUCAAACGAUACGAAGAGUUCAGCAAAGCGUAGCUCAAGCUCAUCUAAGACCCAAAAUUCUUCAGGCUCGAGCAAGAAAGGGGUCAGCAGUGACUCGACUUAUACACCGACUCGAUCGACAACGGAAAGUGGUUUGUCUCGAAAAACUUCUUCGAAAUUGAGUUCAGUUUCUGGGACCAGUUCAACAUCAAGCAGUUCAUCGAGUAAGAGCAAGACUGGCGACACAGAUUCCACCUCUUCUUACAGCAGUCAAACCACGAGCCCGAGUUCGACUUCGACAAACGACAGCUCUAGCACAACCUCGUCGACUUCGGAAACGAGCAGUUCGAAAUUUAGUUCAGUUUCUGGGACCAGUUCAACAUCAAGCAGUUCAUCGAGCAAGAGCAUGACUGGCGACACAGAUUCCACCUCUUCUUCCAGCAGUCAAACCACGAGCCCGAGUUCGACUUCGACAAACGACAGCUCUAGCACAACCUCGUCGACUUCGACAGACGACAGCUCUAGCACAUCCUCGUCGACUUCGGAAACGAGCAGUUCGAAAUUUAGUUCAACAACCGCUACUCGAGGCUCAACGGAAUACUGUACGUGUAUGUCAACUGCAAGCACUUGUACUGAGAGCGACUCGGAGGAAUCUUCCUCCUGCAAUGCUACAGCGUCGAGCACAACUUCGUCGAAUGAGCGGGAUUGUUGGUGCAAGAAGUUCAGCCUCUUCAUAAUCAACGGCGGGAAGUACUGAUGUGGAGAUCCUGAUUACUGAUGAGGAGGUCCGGAAGCAUUCUUAAUUUUGAGUGUAAAUGAUUGAUUUAACGUAUUGUGAUUUGUGAACUGAUUUUAA